UCAUCAACGACAUUUCUACCCACAUUCAACAUUAUUACGCAUUUCAAUCUUUUGUUUCCAUUACAAGCCAAUUGACACAAUGACAGACGCAGUCACAAAGGACCAGAGUUGGGCGUUCGUCAUCGAGCACAUCGCCGAGAAAAAAGACGAGAGUACAAGUGAAGCCGUUUGCAAUGGCAUCUGGACCGAAAUUCUUCGGAGACACUUCUCCUACCCCGACUUCAUCAUCGCCCCGGAACAAAGACAGACCACAGGCAAGCGCCCCGAUCUUACAAUCUUCUACGUGGAUAAGAAGAGGGACUUAUCCAGCUGGCAUCCCGUCUUCACUUUCGAAGGCAAAGCUCCUUACCAUGAGGAAUACAUGGUCAAUAAGGGGUUGGAACAAGCCGCUGGUUAUCUCAAAACCCUGUCAUGGUCCAACAGAAGGAAGAACAUGACGUAUGGGAUGCUUGCGUGCGGCAAGAGCUUCAUGAUCCUGAAAUAUGAUGUCGUGCAGGAAAAGCUAUUCCGAAUCGACCCCAGCGAUCAAGAGGAGAAAGCGGAUGCCAAGGCUUCGUCUCUCGACACUCAAGCACAAGGUUUUGAUCGCUUCUGCAAAGACUUUGCGGCCUCAUUCCUUUGAUCUGGAUGGUAUUAUUUCAAGUUAGUCUUUAUCUCAUUAUGUCAUUGCCUGAGAUCGACCAGAAGCUGAGUGGGUUUUCAUAAAGAAUCCCAGCCAGAAUUCGUCUUCUAUAAGUAGUUUAUUGGGAGGAAGGCACCGAAUCAUUCAACAUGGUUAGGGUGACAGAAGAGAGAUUAAUAUGGAGGACUUUCUUAUUAACCGUGGUUUUCUUCUAUUUGUUAUCUACUAAUCUGAGUAUCGAUUUAACUGAUAAGAUAUUUUGUUGUUUAUAUGAGUAUAAAUUUGCUAGAGA